CACAGCCGGACGGGCGCCUCUCGCUCCAGCCCUGCUGUCUCUCUCGCCCUCUCGCCGCCACGCCUCGGCCACGCCCCUGCGUGUCCUCCAUGCAUCCUCCCGGCGCGGCGCGGCGCCCGACCGCGCGUCGGCGCGGUCUGAUUGCCGCCGCGGCUCUCGACGCGCCGAUUCCGCUCCGCCGUCUUCUCGGCGGCGGCGCGGCCUAGCCUGGGCUGGAUACGCUCCAGAUCUUCGUUAGAUGCGCCCGGCACCCGACUACCUCCCGCCUCGCCCGGCGACAUCUCGGCGCGCGGACACUGCUGCUCGCAAGGCACGCCGGCGGGUCGCGCGAGGCGGCCGGCGGGACGCUGCAGCGGCUGCACUCUCUGGUGGUGGACGAGGACUUUACACGCAGGACUCGAUCGCGGCGGAGCGCGCCUCGCUGGAGGCCGAGCGGCUCUCCCUCCUCGCCGAGCAGAUGAAGCUCGAGACUGCGCUCAAGCGUGGCGACACCCUCGAGGAUGCUCCGCCGCCGCCGCUCGCGCCGCUCGCGGUACCGUCGGUCUACUACCUCUCCUUCACCAUCUGCUCCAUCUCCGGCGGCGGUAUCGUCUACCAGGACUUUUGGCGCUUCACGCCCCUCACCGCCGUCGGCUUCGUCUCCGGCUGCCUCUUCUGCUUCAGCGGUGUCUACCUGAUCACCAAGCGCGGCGCCCCCACGCUGGGCGACCCCUACCUCUGCCCCCCCUCUCUCUUCACACCUCCCCGCUGCGACCCCACGCUGGGCGACCCCUACCUCUGCUCCCCGCCCCGCUCCAACUCCGCGCCUGGCCAUGGCCAGCGGAGGGCGGCGUCGUACGAGUCGCCAGAGAGAUUGCGAGAGCUCAAGUCACGGCGGCUGCCCUCGCGCCACCCUUCGCGGCGGGGCGCAGAGCCGCGGCAGCUGGACUUUGGCGGCGCGGCGGGCGGCGACGGCGGCGACGCGGCGCUGCUCGGCGCGACGUUCCCGCGCGGUGCGCCGCACCAGCUGCAGCGGCUUACUUCGGGAGGGAUGCGGCGGAUCUCGACGUCGAUCUCGACGUUGCUUGACCGCGAUAUCUCCGUCGACCUCGACGCGACGGCGUCGCUCGAGCGGGGCAUGUCUGGACACAACCCACCUCCAAUGGCUCGCACGUGGUCACCCUCAGUGCGGAGGAGCGCCGGCGGAGGCUUCAGCGCCGCCUCGAUCGCCGAGGCCGCGGCGGCGGAGGCGGCGGCGCCCGCCACCGCCGGGCGGAGCAGCAGCGGCGGAGUGCUGGGGGGGCGCGGGUUUGGCUUCCGGGUGAGCGGGCUGGUGGGUCGGCCGCCCGAUUUGCUGUGACGUAGGAGGGCGUCCCCGCAGAGCGCGGUGUUGCCGCGCCCUCGGCGCCCGUGCAGCGCACUCACGUACCUACCUGGCCUAAUUUCCAAGGUAAGGUAAGG